AUGGGUGGAGUUAGCGUUCCUUGCUUGGUGGAUACUGGUUCCAUGGUGUCCACCGUAACGGAGAGCUUUUUCCGCCAACAUUUUGAGCCUUGGGGUCAAGAAAAGCUUCAGUCUUGUCACUGGCUUCAGCUCAGGGCAGCUAACGGGUUGGCCAUUCCUUACAUCGGCUAUUUGGAGCUUGAAAUUGGGCUGUGUGGGAAGUUAAUGCCACAAUGUGGUGUUUUGGUGGUCAAGGAUCCUCCUGGUGGUGUGUCUGCUCAGGUCCCUGGUGUGCUAGGUAUGAAUGUCAUACGUAAAUGUUAUCAUGAGCUUUUUGGGAAGCAUGGCCUGGCUUUGUUUGACUUGCCAUCAGUAUGUGAGGCUCCUGGAACAGUUGUGGAGGCCCUGCAAACGUGCCACCAAGCCAGCGUGCAGGCCCCUCAGUAUAACUUUGGUAAGGUUAAGGUGCGGGGCAGGAAGGCUUGGCGGAUCCCUGGUGGCGUGAUGCAAAUCAUUGCGGCCACCUGCUCAGAGCAACACUCAGGCAAUACUGUAUUGUUUGAGCCCUUGGACUCUGGCCUACCUGCUGGACUACUUGCCUCUCCUGCCUUGGUUCCAGUGACAAGGGGCACUGCCUACAUUCCCAUUGUGAAUGUAGGAUCUACUGAUGUGUUGCUUUAUCCUCGUACAGUUGUGGGCAGUUUGGACGAGGUAAAUGUUGUGAGCCUUCCUGCUGGGGUCACUGAGGUGCCGUUUGGUCUGGCCACAGUGGCGUCCCAAUCCGUUUAUACUUCCGUGCCGGAGCAAAUAGCGACCAUGGAUCUGUCUUCCUUGCCUGCUGGAGAGCAGGAUCAGGUACGGGCCCUUCUAACAAAGUAUGCUUCUGUCUUUGCAGCUCAUGAGGGGGACCUUGGUUGUACCAACCCGAUCGCCCAUGAUAUUCCCCUCUUGGAUGACACUCCUGUUCGGCAGCGCUACCGACGCAUUUCUCCAUCUGACUAUGAGCUUGCGAAAGAGCAUAUCCACCAGUUGCUUGAUGCACAAGUGAUUAGAGAGAGUAGCAGUCCUUACGUGUCUCCUAUUGUGCUGGUUAAAAAGAAAGAUGGUAGUCUCCGCAUGUGUGUUGACUACCGGCAACUAAACAGCAAAACUAGGAAAGACGCGUUUCCUCUUCCUCACAUUGAGGAGUCCCUUGAUGCCUUAACAGGUGCUCGCUGGUUCUCCACUAUGGAUCUUGCCAGCGGUUACAAUCAGGUUCCAGUCGUAGAGGCAGAUCGACCUAAAACGGCCUUCUGCACUCCGUUUGGCCUCUUCGAAUGGAAUCGUAUGCCUUUUGGCCUUUGCAAUGCCCCAAGCACCUUCCAGCGGUUGAUGCAACGGGUUUUCGGUGAUCAGCAAUGCCAGUCAUUGCUGUUGUACCUUGAUGACAUUGUGGUUUUCUCUUCCACCGUUGCUCAGCACCUGGACAGAUUGGAGGUGGUGCUCAGGCGGCUACAACAAGAAGGCCUCAAAGCUAAACUCACAAAGUGUGCCUUUUUCCAGCGGGAGGUGCAUUAUUUGGGCCAUGUGAUCUCUGACCAAGGUGUUGCUACAGACCCUAGUAAGGUGGAGGUGGUGGCAAACUGGCAGCCUCCAACUACCAUUUCUGAACUGCGGUCAUUUCUCAGCUUUGCGAGUUACUACCGCAGGUUUGUGGAAGGUUUUGCUAAGUUGGCUGCCCCUCUACACAGGCUGGUGGCAGAGUUGGGUGGCUCCAAGUCUGGGAAGAGAUUAAAGCAUGUACUUGCUGAGAAGUGGUCCGAUGAAUGUCAGCAGAGCUUUGAGGCACUGAAGACCAAACUCACCACCGCACCUGUGCUGGCUUAUGCCGACUUCUCCCUCCCUUUCAUUCUUGAGGUUGACGCAAGUCAUGGUGGCCUGGGAGCAGUGCUGUCACAGGAGCAGGGUGGCAAGGUGAGGCCUAUUGCUUAUGCAAGCAGAGGUCUGCAGCCCACUGAGCGCAAUAUGGACAACUACAGCUCCAUGAAGUUGGAGUUUUUGGCACUCAAGUGGGCCAUGGCUGACAAAUUCAGGGAGUAUCUGCUUGGUCAUAAGUGUGUUGUCUAUACGGACAACAAUCCACUUAGCCACUUGUCAUCUGCUAAGCUUGGUGCCAUGGAACAACGCUGGGCAGCCCAGCUUGCACUUUUCGAUUUUGAUAUUCGAUAUCGCUCAGGGAGGGUUAACAGGAACGCUGAUGCGUUGUCCCGCCAGCAUCCUUCUGAUGCACCAGACAUGAAAGCUAUGCUCCCUGGCACAUCACUUCCUGAACCCUUGCAGCAAGCCCUGCGGUUGGAGGAGGCUGAUGCGACUCAAGCUGCAAUCGCAGCUUUGCCUCAUUAUGCCCCUUCUAACCUCUGUCAACUUCAGCAGGCUGAUCCUGUUAUACAGGAAGUGUCGGUGUUCUGGACACAGAAGCGGCGUCCGAGCCACACAGAGCGCCAACAGCUUUCUCCGCGUGCCUUGGCUCUCCUCCGCCAAUGGGACCGCUUGGUGGAGAAGAGUGGAAUCUUGUAUCGGCAGGUCUAUCGUCCUGAUGGUGCUGCAGCAAUUUUGCAGUUGCUCUUGCCAGCUGCGUUAAAAGAGGAGGUGCUAACUGAAGUUCACCAGAGGCAUGGCCACCAAGGUGUUGAGAGGACCUUGGAGCUGCUACGGCAGCGGUGUUAUUGGCCAGGCAUGUCCUCUGAUGUGGCACAGUGGUGCCAGUCUUGUGAGAGUAGCCAGGUUGCCAAAAACACACAGCCAGCUGCUCGCAGCUUCAUGGGGCAUUUGCUGGCCUCUCGGCCAAAUGAAAUCCUCGCCAUGGACUUCACUGUGUUAGAACCCACUCGUACAGGGAUUGAGAACAUCCUCGUCAUGACGGAUGUUUUCAGUAAGUAUACACUGGCCAUUCCCACCCGCGACCAACGAGCCCCCACUGUGGCUCAGGUCUUGGUUACAGAAUGGUUUUGUAAGUUUGGUGUCCCGGCCCGCAUACAUUCUGACCAGGGCCGCAAUUUUGAAAGCAGUCUGAUUCAGCAGCUGUGUAGCCUUUAUGGCAUUGAAAAAUCUCGCACCACCCCGUACCAUCCGGCUGGCAAUGGGCAGUGUGAACGGUUUAAUCGAACCCUCCAUAACCUGCUGCGUACCCUGCCUGUCUCUCAAAAGUGGGACUGGCACUCCUGUCUGCCCCAACUCCUGUUCUCUUACAAUACUACACCCCAUCAGUCAACUGGUGAAUCGCCAUUCUUUUUAAUGUUUGGCCAGGAGCCCCAUCUCCCAGUUGACUUUCUGUUGUGUCGUGUUCAGGAUCCUGUUGGUGGUGAUGUGACAGAGUGGAUUCAGGAGCACCAGACUCGCUUACAGAUUGCCUUUGAGAGCGCCCAAGAGAGGCUGAGGGUUGCAGCAGAAUGCCGAAGAAACAAUCAUGAUCAGCAUGUUCAAGCUGCUCCACUGCAGGAGGGCCAGUGGGUGUUGUUGCGGGACUUCAGUGUGAAGGGGCGUAACAAGAUUCAGGACCUGUGGGGCUCCGUAGUGUAUACGGUCUUAAAAGCACCAAAAGAUAGGGGCUCUGUGUACACCAUUGCCCCUACAGGCGACCAGUCCAAGGUCAAACAUGUCCAUCGUACACUCUUGAAGGCAGUGGCUGGUGCGGGUGCUUCCGAUUGUGCUGCUGCUCCUCUUUCACCCUGUCCUGACCAAGAAGAGGUGGAGGAUGAACUCGUACACGAUGGGGACUUGCUGGUUGUGAGGCAUGACAUCCCUCAUGCAGCUCCUGGGUCCUUUAGUGACUCCGUCCUCUGCAACAGCAGACUUGCCUCCUGCCCCAGCAGUAGGACCAUCAGCCGCUCGCCCUGA